AUGGAGAAGACUGUGGAAGGAAACGCAAAUGAAAAGCAGCAGAAGACUAAACCGAAAAAUAAUAAAAACAAGAACCAGCGUCCGAAAAGACCCACAAAACAGAAAUUCACCUUUCCUGCAUCUGAGAUACACCACAUGUUGGCUAAAGGAAGGGUGACAGUGGCUCCCGAAGUGUCUCUCAGCUUAGCUGCUGCCGAACAGUAUGUGGUGCAUGAAUUAAUCGAGCUAGCAGGAAACCACGCCCUUAGUCGCAGAAGCGGAACCAUUGACGUAGAAGACGUCGUGGAAGCGAUUAACUCUGACUCUGAUUUGAGACAAUUGCUUGGUGAAGUUCUUGGUACCAUGUAG